AUGUUCCUUAACAAACAAGGCUUAUUAGAAGAUACAAAUGAGCCUGAGCUCUUAAAAGGACAAUCUCUAAAAAACGGACAUAUUUCUUCUUCCUCGUAAGACUCAAUUUUUUCAAAAACGAAUUUUGAAAAAAAUAUGACCUAUUUUCAUAUCAUGGGUAUGAUAUAAUUGAAUAUUUCAAGGACAUGAUGAACCACAUGCAAUAAGAAGAAAACAAAUACUCGAAAAACACCCAGAAAUAAAAAUUCUUUUUGGUCCAGACCUUAUGUCAGCAUGGUUAGGGAUUGGCAUUGUUCUGGCUCAAUUUUGGUGUUUAAAUUUCUUUGCAACCACAAAUUGGUUAUUGUAUAUAGUCUCAUCCUACUGCAUCGGAGCAGUCUUAAGCCAUGCUCUUCAUGCUUUGAUGCAUGAUUUUACUCAUUAUUUGUGCUUUGAGAGUGUGUAAUACAAUAAAUUAAUGGCUAUCUUCCUAAAUUUUGGAUAGGGAGUUCCAUCUGCCAUUACUUUUGGAAGGUAUAUUUUUAUUUUUAUUUAAUAGAUAUCACUCAGAUCAUCACACGUUUAUGAAUUUGCCUGAUCUAGAUCCCGAUUUGCCAUCAUAAUGGGAGAUAGAUCAUGUCAAAGGACCUCUACUUAAAUUUUUGUUUAUGCUUUUUUUGCCUUUAUUCUAUUCACUUAGACCAAUGUUUAUCAGACCCUUGGUGCCAAAUAAAUAUGAAAUCUUAAACUUAGUAUCAAUAAUUCUAUCAAAUACACUGAUAUACAUGUACAUAGGACCAUCUGCUUUGGGAUGGUUAAUAUUAUCAACCUAUUUUGGAUUAAGGUACGAAUUUAAUCAAUAUUGAAUAGUAUACAUCCUCUAGCUGCUCAUCUAAUCACAGAACAUUACGAAUUUAUCAAUAGAUUAGAAACAUAUAAUUAUCUCGGAAUUGCCAACUUUUUAAUUUUAAAUUUGGGGUAUCACACCGAACAUCAUGAUUUCCCCAACAUUCCAUGGUCUAGAUUACCUCUAGUUAAGAAAAUCGCCCCUGAAUUUUAUGAUUCAUUGCCAUAUCAUACAAAUUACACAUUAGCAAUUUUAGCAUACAUAUUUGAUGGAUAUAUCGGACCUUUUUCAAGAAUUGUCAGAAAAGAGCUCAAAUCAAAUGGAAAGAUGAAAUGA